AUGAGACAGAGCGGCGCCUCCCAGCCCCUGCUGAUCAACAUGUACCUGCCAGGCAGUGGGCAAAUCCAGCUGUGGCAGUUUUUGCUGGAGCUGCUGGCGGACCGUGCCAACGCAGGCUGCAUCGCGUGGGAGGGUGGCCACGGCGAGUUCAAGCUCACGGACCCGGACGAGGUGGCCCGGCGCUGGGGCGAGCGCAAGAGCAAGCCCAACAUGAACUACGACAAGCUGAGCCGCGCGCUGCGCUACUACUACGACAAGAACAUCAUGAGCAAGGUGCACGGCAAGCGCUAUGCUUACCGCUUCGAUUUCCAGGGCUUGGCGCAGGCCUGCCAGCCGCCCCCGACGCACGCCCAGGCCGCCGCCGCCGCGGCUGCAGCGGCUGCCGCAGCCCAGGACGGCGCACUCUACAAGCUGCCGGCCGGCCUGGCCCCGCUGCCCUUCCCCGGCCUCUCCAAACUCAACCUCAUGGCCGCCUCUGCCGGCGUCGGACCCACCGGCUUCUCCUACUGGCCGGGCCCGGGCCCCGCCGCCACCGCCGCCGCCACCGCUGCGCUCUACCCCAGCCCCGGUUUGCAGCCCCCGCCCGGGCCUUUCGGCGCGGUAGCCGCCGCCUCGCACUUGGGGGGCCAUUACCACUAGACCGGCGGCGGGGUGGCGCGAGGCCUC